ACCAUGUGAUCGGGGCGCGUCGUGUCGCGUCGCCUCGAGCAUGCGCAGCAGGCGCCGUCCCAUCGGACCAUGACCGUUGUGAAUGGGACCGAGGAGUACGCGCAGUAGACAAACAUGGAUCCUCACGAUAUACAACACUGGAUUAAAAGAGUAGAACGAGCAUCUGAAUGUGCUGUUGCAGAAGUAUUUCCCUCCACAAAAUCAAAAAUAAAUCCGAAAGUCAAUGGAUAUGUUGUGGCCAUGGAGACAAUUGAUCAGCUUCAUGAUCAUGAUGAUGCCUAUACUGAAGCUCAAGAUUUACUCCAUGAAUGGAUGAAUUCCAAGAUAAGGCCAGAAUUAGAAUAUGAAGAAACUGAAGAAACAGAAAGUUGUAUCAAUAACUCAGAAGAACUCCUUCACACACCAGAGAUGAUCUCCAGAAUGCCUGAAAAGUUUGAUGAAUUGUACAGUUAUUUGGAACAGGAAAAAGUGGAUGCUACAGCACAGACCUUCUUACAGCAGCUCCUAGAGAUGAAAGUGGUGGAGUCUGGUGUCCUUGAGGAUCUUGGAGAAGAUGAGGAAAUGCAUCAGACAAAAUGCAAAGACCCACGGUUAAAGAUGGAGGCAAGGCACCAACAGGUGAGAGAGAAUCGCCUGAAAAGACAGGCAAAGUUGGAACAACAGAAGCAGGAAAAAGCCAUGAAGAAAUUUGCUCAGGCUAAAGCUCAGCAGCGGCUUCAGGAGGAAGACAGGAGAAAAGCUUUACAAGCCAAGAAAGAGGAAGAACACAUUAAAAAAGAAAUGGUGCAGUUACGGAAAGAAAUGAUGGAAAGGAGAUGCAUAAUGGGAGAGGCAAAACGACUUGAACAAUUGCAUCUGGAAAAACAAAAGAAAAAACUCUUGGUUCAUGAAAAGGUCAAGCAAGCACUGAUGGAGCUACAGGAACAGCAGGACCAGGAACGUCUCAAGAUCAAGCAUCUCCAGGUGAUGCAACAAGUUGAAGCCAGGAUUAAAGCUUACCAGCUCCGGUGUUUGCAGAAGCAUUUUUCAGUUUGGUAUAAACUGGUGCUCGAACGAAGAAUUAAAAUGGGUAAAGCCAGGGCCUUGUUUGAUUGGAAGAGUCAGCUCCGAGCUUUCCAGGCCUGGAGAACAUUUGUGUGGGGAAAGAAACUGGAGCAAGAGGUGCAGCGUACUGAAGUAGAGCUGCGAGAGGAAAAAAGGAAAAACCAACUUGCAACAGACUGCAAUCGGAAACACCGACUCCGUUACUGCUUCACAAAUUGGCAAAUAUGGUGUAAAACUGAGAAAGGAAAGAGAGAACUGGAGGCAAGAAAAGAGGAGACAAAACAAAAGAUGGCUGCACUGUUAGAUUCAGCAUGUUCUGGGAAAUUGUCAGCAAAUUCCAGCAGAGUUUCAAAAAGUACGUGCGAAACACUGCAGAUUGAAUGUGCUGAAGAAGAGUCACAGGGCAAAGUGAAGACACAGAGUUCCUCAGUCAAUUCCCGGGUACAACAAGCCAACAAAACACAGCAGAUCAGAACCAAAAGCCCAAAAUUUGCUUGGCAAGUUACUCGCAAGCAUGCUGCGUCGAGCCUGGAGGACAGAGUACAUGUGCAUGAUACAAGUAAAAUCUCAAGUGGCUACCAGGAAAGUCAAAAAUCCAACUCUGUCACCACAGGAAAGGUGAUUCAGUAUUUGCAGGGUAACUUUGAACAUCGCCAUAGAUUCCAACAGCAACUGAUUGAGAAACAAAAAAAGCAGCUGGAGGAACAACAGAAAACAAUUGCAGAGCUUCAGGAUAACCAACAGUUGACAUUAUUGCAGGAAGAGGCGAAACUGGCAUCAGCCAUAACUGCAGCGAUUGGUAAUACAGCUCAAAAGGUGCAAACUGAACCCAGUCCACUUGGUAGAAAACAAUCUGGAAAUACCCAGCCUAAAAUGAAAGACACUGCUGUGCGUAUAUCCAGUUUGGCAGGUCCUACAUCAUUUGAGGAAUCUAAUUGUCCCAGCACAAGUACCAAUUACAGCAAAACAGUUCAUAACUUGAUUUCACCUCACCCAAUUGUCAAAGCAAUGGAAGAAAGAGCAAAGCAACGCUUAGCAAGACGAAAAGAACUAGAGGAGUUCAAAAGAAAAAAAGAGCAAGAGAGACUUGCUCAUCUGAGAGCUGAGGAGGAACAGCGACGGAGGCAGCUGGAGGCUGAAAAACAGGCAACUCUAGAAAAGAAACGCGAGGAGAGAAGACUGCAAAGACAGAGAGAGGUUCAGAAGCAGCUGAGGUAUGAAAAAGAAAAACAACUUCAAUCUGCUGCAGAAAAACACUACCAGCAUUUUCUUCUACAAAAGAAGGGCCUGGAACCCUGGAAAAAACUUUUAGAAAUCUCCAAGAAAAACUUGAAGUUAGCAGAAGAUCAUCACAGCUCUUCACUCUUACACCUAUGUCUACGUACCUGGCAUCAAAGCAUAACAGAGUCACUGGCUGAAAAGAAGUUCGAAGCCAAAAAAGUGUACAAUGGCAUUCUUCUUAAGCGAUGUUUCAAAAAUUGGCUAGUAUACAAAGAUUACUGCACUGUUAUGGAGGAGAAAGCAUGGCAACACUAUCUGACAGCUCUAACAAGAGCCACUUUCAUUGCCUGGUUUGGUUAUGUGACUGAGGAAAAGAUUGAAUCAUGGGAGAAGGAGAGAAUUGGAGAACAACAUAAUCAGUGGAGGAUAGUCAAGAGAGCUUUCAGAGCAUGGAAGAGUUUGCCAAUGCUCAUCAAGGAGGAGGUGAAGAAGGAAGAACGCAUACAGCACCUCAGGAAGAAAGUUGCUGAAAUUCUCCCUGAUUUUCAGGCAUAGCAAUUAAAUACUAACAGUUUGAGGAUCUUGGAAGCGUACAGGAAUAAUGUAUCACAGUUUGAAUUUGAGUUGAGGGAGAAUCUUCUAUUAGAAUUUAGCAAAGAACCUCCAAGUCUUGAAGGUCAGGCCAAAAACACCUUGUGUACCUCGUGGGGUGGAAUACAAAAAUUAUACAGACAAUUGAAGACUUAAUUUAAAAGCAAAAUUUAAUAGUGACAUUUUUGUUGAUGUAUUAUAACAAUAAAAUAGAUGAAUAUUCA